AACCACCACCACCUCCUCCUUCAACCAAUCAACCACCCAAGAACCUCCGGCAAAACCAUGAGCGAACCCAACCAGCAAGAAAACGUCACCGAAAUGCACGAUCAAGACAUUGGCGAGGAGUCUUCGAUCCCGAUAGCUCUUGGAGGGGCCCUAGCAUAUAUAGACACCUCUUACUUCUCCUCAGGAACUCGACGGCCUACUGAAGUUGUGAGCGGGCUCAAGGAGAUUCUUGGCCUCACGCCUUUGAAGCGCCUUGCAUAUGAAUCUCAGCCGUCGGCGGCACAGAAUCCACACUACUCAGCCUUGUUUCCGCCACAUAUGUACUCUCCAGAUAUGAGCUUCGUUCUCCUACUUGAAACUAGGAAAGGCGUAAUCACCAACUCUAACCCGGGCAUCGCGGAACUUGCCACACCGACUAACCACCGGGGAACAAAUUUUCUCACUUUGGUGGAUGUUGCUGCUUGCACAAUCGAAGAGAACCGACCGGAGACCGUCAAAGCUGCAGUCAACCUCAUAGGCCAUUUUGUGCGCACCUUGGAGAAUCUCAAGCCUCGAUGGUUUCCAAAUACUUCAACGGAUUUGGGCGGCCGGCUACAGGCGUGCUAUGCCUUGACCCAUGCACAGCGAGUUACAUUCUACAACGCUCGCUUACAGGGUAAGUCUUUUCAACAGCUGGAGGCUGAUGUUAUCCAGCUACACCGGGACAUGGAGGUUCCCAUUGGGUUCAAUGUCGUUCAGGAGCUAAAGGACCUGGAAAUUCGUUUCGGUCAGAUGCUUGAGAAGGUCAACGAUGACUUCAAUGCGAACGUUCGACUUGAAUGGAUUGGAGAGCCCAUUCCUGUCGAAGAUGUGUCAACUCCUAUUGAGGACCCCAAGGGCAUAGAUUGUAUCGUCUGUCGCUGGGAGCUCACUCCACCAGGUGUCCUCACGAAGCCUUGCCAGCACGCUUUCUGUCGUGGCUGUCUCGAAACUUGGAUUCAUGCCUGUGAGAAGGCCAGCCACAACUGCCCGUACUGCCGCACCGAACUCUUCCCCAAGCCCACGUACCGGUUAAACGAACCUGAGGUAGCACGGAAUUAUCAGGAAGAGAAGAAGGGUCUCGAGACAUGGGUGCGCCGUGUCCACAAGGCGCGCAUGUCCAUUGCUUGGUUGCGUAAGGAGUUGGUGCUACAGCGCACAUAUGAGCAAGAAACUGUAAACCAAGGUAUUUCAGACGAAGACGUUGAAGGCUAGACUCCGUACAUGACGGUAGCACCACAAGGCCCUGC